CUACGUGUCGAACGGUCGGGUAGUUAGUUAAGCACCGCGGACCCUACCCCCGACCCGUAGCCAGACAUCUCCCCAUCCCCAAGCCGCUCCGUUCUCGUUUACCGUCUACUGCGCGACCUCGAGCCCUGCUAGCCUAGUAUAACCCGAGUUCGAGCCCCUUCCCCCCCCCCUCCCCCUCCCCCUUAUACCUAUAUAUCUCGGCGUCCGACUUGCCCGGUGCCGGAGCCGUCUCGGAGACCCACGUGCCGCUCCUAGCGACGACAGCGACAAAGUUAGGAGAGGACGAAGAAGAAGAAGAACUCAGGACGAUGCCGGCCCCGAGGCAGCGGUCCGUCCUGAUCACGGGCUGCACGGACGGCAGCGCGGGCGCCGCGCUGGCGCUAGCCUUCCACGCGGCGGGGCUGCGCGUGUACGCGACGGCGCGGGAGCCGGCGCGGGCGGCGGGGCUGGCGGCCGCGGGCGUCGAGGUGCUGACGCUGGACGUGCUGUCGGGGGCGUCGAUCGCGGCGUGCGCGGCGGCGGUAGCAGCCGCGGGGGACGGCGCGCUCGACAUCCUGGUCAACAACGCGGGCGAGCAGGGCGUGAUGCCGGUGGCCGACGCGGACCUGGCGCGCGCGCGGCGCACCUUCGAGCUCAACGUGUGGGCGCCGGUCGCGGUCGCGCAGGCCUUCCUGCCGCUGCUGCUGCGCGCGCCCGCGCCGCUGCUCGCCAACCACACCUCGCUCGCCGCCGUCGUCGCGCUGCCCUUCCAGGGCGUCUACGCCGCGUCCAAGGCCGCGCUGGCCGCGCUCUCCGGCGCGCUGCGCCUCGAGCUGCGCGCGCUCGGCGUCCGCGUCGUCGAGCUGCGCUCCGGCGGCGUGCGCACCGGCAUCCUGCGCGCCGCGCGGCUCGACGCCCCGCCGCUCCCCGCCGCGUCCGCCCUCGCCCCCGCCCGCCCCCUCGUCGACGCCGCGCUGCGCCAGGACGCCCUCGCCGCCCGCGGCAUCCCCGCCGACGCCUGGGCCCGCGCCGUCGCCGCCGACCUCCUCCGCCCCGCCCCGCCCCGCGUCGUCCGCCGCGGCGAGUCCGCCUGGCUCGACCUCCUCCUCCCCUACCUCCCCGCCUGGCUCGUCGACAAGCUCGCCGCCGACGCCGUCGGCUUCGCCCCCAUCGAGGCCGCGAUCCGCGACGACCGGGCCAAGAAGCUCAAGGCGCACUGA